UAGAGGUGUUUUACUAUAUUUUUUGAUGUCUUCAAAAGUAGCACGCGGUGUAAUGAAGCCAAAAUCGCGUAUUCUGUGAUUUGUUGUGUUUUGUGUUGGUCGAAUCGAUGGUGGUAUUUAACUUGCAGAAAAAGUAAUAGCAUUUACGAUUGGAUUUCACUUGUUGAAGUUAUGUAAUAAAUAUUUUGUGCGAGCGCGCUGAAGAAUAGACUGUAUAUAGCUUCUUAUGCAACUGACCACAUUGUUAGACAUGUUACUCCAGUUAUGACUGGGGCAACCUAUAUAAUAUACCUGUCCACUUACUGUGUUAAACUAUGUUAACACCACUUUGGAGGGACCAUUUUGCACCCAAAAACUUUUAUUUACUUCAUGAUGAUCCAAAUGUAUUUCUUACAAGCCAAUGGCAGAGAAAUAAGACUGAACCUAAUAUCAAGUACCUUAUAUACCGCACAAUCGUAAUGUUAAUAUUUUUUAUUACGUGGAUACUUUCAAUAAUAGAGGGCAGUGGUAAAGGCAAAUAUCCAAUUUAUUUAACCAAUUGGGGAUAUACGGGAUGUACAAUUCAAGCUCUUAUAGCAUUUUUGAUGCUGUUUAUGGCAGUGCUGGCAACUAAAUACAAAAGUAUGCACAGGACAAAGGAAAAGACUCUAAAACUGUAUCCUGUUUACUGGUUAUUAAACACUGUAGCGACAUCUACUGCUUUUGCGAUUACCACUAUCUACUGGUCUGUCAUAUACAAUCCUAAAAAAGUUACGAAUCCCGUUAUUAAUUAUUUUGUUCAUGGAAAUAACUCACUGAUGGUGUUGUUAGAUUUAUGGAUUGUAGGACACCCAAUUAGAAUUUUGCAUGUGAUUUAUACUGUUCUUUUGGGAGUUACUUAUACAAUAUUUACUUUAAUUUAUUAUUCUGCAGGCGGAACUAAUAAAGAUGGAUAUACAUUUAUUUACAAAAUAGUAGAUUGGACAAAACCAGGUCUCACUGUAGGCACAUGCUGUGGUGUGAUAGUCUUCUUGAUUAUUCUUCAUCUGCUUAUGUUCCUAAUUUCUUCCUGGAGAAGAAGUCUUCAAGAAAAACAUUGCGGAAAGGAAGUCAAUGAUAAUAAGAUGGAUUCCAAACAGCAAGCUGCAUAUGUAAAUGAAGCUAUGUCAAACGAUAUAGUUUGAUGAUAUAUAAUUUGAUGAGGAGCAUAGUUAGUUCUGUCGUGCCAUAUAUACAGCUAGUUGCAGACUUUUCGCACGAAUUAAAUUUAUUAUAUCCAACUAUAAUAUUGGAUAUAAGAGUAGAAUAUAUCCAAUGGAUAUAUUCUACUAUAUUUACCAAAACAUAUAUUUGUUUUACAAAUCUAUCGGUAUUUUUGUAGACCACAUAUCAUUUUAAAUUUUUAGUGUCAUGUUUGACCAAGGACUCAUUUUAGAAGACACAAUUUACCCAUAACAGAAUCCGACCCUUUAUAAAGGGCGCUUUACAGCUUGCAAUUCUACCUGCAAGACGCAAGAAAGUUGCCUAAAGGCAUGCGCAGUAUGGCGUCAGUUGAUUAUUGCAUGCAACUUCUUGCAAUUGCGCGAUAAUCGGUUUGGUGCCAUUUUUUCUGCAAGUUUUCAUGCAAGUCUAGGGGAAUUUGAUUUUUCCACAAUAUCAAAUGUCAUUGACGACAAGGAUUCACGAAUACAUGCCGAUCGGCUGUUUUCUGUUUGUGAAAUAUAUCAACGAUGGAAAUGAAUGAAUAAUGAAAUGGCACUUUCUGAGAUUCUAUAAUUAUUGUAAAUUGUAUAUUAAGUUACGGGAGCUCUCUCUCCUCUAGCUAAGUACCUUAGGAUAAUAAUUAAUUUGUGUUUCGCAGAAAUAUUAUUUCGAAAUAUAGAUUUCUUUGUAAUUGUUCAAUUUUUCCCUAGGGUUUAUUAAAAUGUACAUUCAUUCCUAGAAAAUUAGAGUCAUUUUCAUCAUCUACUUGGAUAAAUUCUUCUGUUGGAGAUACAUUAUUACCCCUCUUCUUGUUCAACUAAGAUCUUACUCACCAUCUCCGAUCUCGGGCGUUCUAAAUUAGUGACGAAAAGGCUGGCUGCAGCAAUAGUUAAUACUUAAAGUUGCUGGUACCGCCUUUUUCCUUUUAUAUUUGGUUAUUUCUGAUAGUCUUGGCAUUUCGAAAUUUACCAAGUUAAAUAAACAGCAAUAAAGUAAUUAAAAAAAAAACAAAAGUUUAUAAGUUAGGUUAAGGGUAAAACUUUCAAAUUGCAUGCAAGCCGGAUUGCAAGCUGUAAAAGACCAUGCAAUAGACUUGCAUGAAAGUCUUGCAUGCAAAAAAUUGCAGCAAGUUUUCUUGCAAGCUGUAAAGCAGUCUUAACCAUUACCUGCACGCGUCCUGGCCCUAGUCCCGCAUGCCCGCAUGUGAACUUUCUAGUCUUCCAUGCCUAUCUUGAUAUAUACGAAAACAGUUUCUUUCAGGUAUAUAUAUUCUCUCAACAAUUUUCUUUACCUCAAUUUCCCAAGAAAUGAAAGAACGGCACAUUCGACCUAAUAGUCUUUUAAGCCACCCGUACAAGUUGUUUACUAGCAUAAUAUGUGUAAUGGGAAGAAACUUGGAGAUCUAGAGACCUAGGGAAAAUGCAGGAUUUCAAAAAGGAACCAACGACCAUCUACAAAACAUGAAAACCAUUAUUCACAAAAUAGUGGAAUACGGCAGGCUUUUUUCUAGUCUUGACUGAUUUUCUAAAUAAAAAGGAGGCAACCACUUUUAAAUUGCAUAGAAACAGUAAGUAUUUACAAAGAAAAUGUUGAAUCAGACAAUGAUCCAAAAUCACCUAAACUUUUUGAUUAGGUUCUGGAAUGACAAAUGAUAUGCUACAUCCAUUCAUUAAGACAAUUGUAAAGCAUGGUUUAAACAUAAACAUAUCUUACACUAUCAUGAUUACAAAUUGAGUAGUCAACAGCACGUUAAAAUCAAAAAUAAAACGCAUGAGAUAUGAUUUACAGAGAAAUCCAAAACCAUCAAUUAAAAAGGCGAAUCUGUCUUCGAUAAUAGGUUAGGUUCAAUAUUAGUGGGUGUAUAAUCACCCUUCCUUCCACUCGACCUAAUAGGUGUGUUGUGACUGAUUCCCAGGCUAAAAGUUGUUCCUUCAGCCCAGCGUUUUUAACAAAGUCUAUUAUGGUCUUUGGUAACACUUUUACGAAGUCUCAAAUGUAUUGGACCUUAUCCUAUCUAACCCUGUGUAGUUGUACAAAACGUGUUCUGCCGUCUCGACAAAAUCUGUUAGAGACCUACGAUGAUUUUCAGGUCAUUCCUAUUCAUAUCAGCAGAUCUUUAGAUCUCGUCUUCAAAGGUUCAUGUCUAAAAGCCUUGCCAUUUGGUCGUACCAGUGGUUAGGCUUUAUCCAUUCCACCUAGUCCUAUAUUAUAUGUUCUUUUGGUUGUGCUUCUUGCUAUGCUAACGACAGGUUUUGGGACAGUGUCAUGUCUGGAAUGAGCAGUCUAUGGAAAACUACGAAACAUUUUAAAGAUAGCUGAUAAGUUUGAAAAGAAAAGUGUAUGAUCAGUGUCUACCAGUGGACCAGACAGAGGCACAGUAAAAAAUUAAAACAGAUAAACAAAAAGUUAAAUACAAACGACAUAAACAAGAGAACUAAAGUAACUUACAUCGUUUAAAGCAUGGCUAAAAUAAAAUGAAGUUGGAUAGGAUAAAUAGAAUGAGAGAUGGCCGAUGGAUAAAUAAUAGACUGUUGGAAUAGCAUGGGACAGACGACAACUACGUCUGGCGAUAGAGUGAUGACUUUUAAAUAAAAAAAAAAUUGUGUGAGAACGGGGCAUGAUGGUAGAAACAAGGAGAUGGAAUUCACAUUUAAAAAAUAAUUAAUUAAUUAAUGUUAUUACUUUUUUGUGCCCUUUAAACCAAAAUUUGGCACAAUCAAAUAAUAAAUUUUCGUUAAUUUUUUUUUGGAAAUUACUAUUUAAAUUUUAGUAUCUACGACCAUUUAAAAAGAAAAUUUACUGUGAUUCAGUUUUUAAUUUCAUUACUGAUAAUAUUUUUUAUAUAACUGCACCUUGACUACAUUGUUUUUGAAUUUUAUAAUAAAUUUUUAGAUUUAU